AUGUCAGCAGGUGAUGGAAACUCUGAAUGUUCAUUGGCACAUAUUAAAAAAAAGUUUCGAGUUUUUCACAAAAAAUUUACUAUCGAUUCAAUUUAUGGUCAAUAUACAAUUGAAGCAGUCGAUAUGCUUGCUCACUCGUUUCGGAUUACUAAAGGAGAACGAAGUGUUGCUAAUAUUAGUAAAAAAUAUCUCAAAGCAGCAGAUACGUACGCUGUUGCCAUAGCUGAUGAUGAAAAUCAAGCGUUUAUAUUAGCAUUAGUUAUUGUUAUCAAUCAAGUAUUGUGA